AUGAGCUCUGCUGCGAAUCUCCCGGCCGGCGACGGCUCCUUGCGCCAGCGAACUGGUGUGGCCUCACAACCCGCCCUUUCUGCCCAACACUCGCCCUCUAACCACACUCUUGAAAAGGAGUCGCCUCGUCACGAUGCCGACCACGACCGUGAUUCUCAACAACCUGCCGGACCUGACAAGCCCAACAAGACCUACGGGCGCACUCCAGAUGGAAUCGUUUUCAUCGUCCCAACCACCCACGACAUGGUCAGCCAGCUCUUGGACCCUCGACAGCCCAAGAACCUCUCCGAUGCCGCCGUCCUCGUGAUUCUCGCCCUGCACAUCCUGCUUGCCUACUUGUUGCCCGCCGAGCUCAAGAAGCCCGUCAUGGCCGCCGUCUUCAUCUUCUGGAGGGCCUCGUACAACGUUGGCAUCGGCGUCUUGCUCCAGGAACAGUCCAACCGUAAGCUGAUGGUGACCUGGGCCAAACGCUGGAGGCUGUUUGUGAACCCCUCCACCGGGAAGCAGCCCAGGCCGUGGCUCUACAGGCUGCUCAAGAAGGAGCUUGAGGCAAAGAUCCCCGAGGACUAUAAGUUCGAGGACGCCCCUCUCGAGUACAAUACCUGGCUCGUCUUCCGCCGCCUCGUCGAUCUGAUUCUGAUGUGUGACUUUGUGUCCUACUGCCUCUUCGCCAUUGUCUGCGCCCAUGUGCCCGACGGUGAAUCCACCAUGGUCUUUCUGUGUCGCUGGGCUGUAGGCGUCGCAUUGUUCGUGUUCAACGUCUGGGUCAAGCUUGAUGCACACCGAGUAGUCAAGGACUUCGCCUGGUACUGGGGCGACUUCUUCUACCUCGUCGACCAAGAGCUGACCUUUGACGGCGUCUUUGAGAUGGCACCGCAUCCCAUGUACAGCAUUGGCUAUGCCGGAUACUACGGUAUCUCCGCCAUGGCUGCUAGCUAUGAGGUCUUGUUCAUCUCGAUUGCGGCGCAUCUGGCCCAGCUCGCGUUUCUGGUUGUGGUCGAGAACCCGCAUAUCGACAAGACAUACAACCCGCCAGCCCCAAGGACCAAGUCGGAUUCCGAGCAGGACGCCCCGGCCGAGCCCGUUGAUGAUGCGUCUAGGGAGGCAUUGGCUCCCGUGCACAAUCUCAUUGGCUUCCGGAACAUUGAUCUCUUUCGUUCCACGGACUAUUCCGUCAUCCUGGCCUCCAUCUAUGUGGCAGUGCUGGCGAUUGUCACGCCGUCGACUCCACCUUACCAGGUGCUGUUUUUCUUGCAUGCUCUUUUGUGGAAGCUGUGGUUCUGCGUGGGAAUCGGCAUCCUAUUGACCCUGCAGUCAAAGGAGAGGAUGAUCACCCGCCACUUCGUCAAGUACGGAGAGAGCGCCGGUGAGGCCUGGCGCCAGUGGAAGGGCCUGUACCACUUCAGUAUGACUCUCUCCGUGGCGUCUUUUUGCGCCCUCUGCUGGAAGAUGUACAGCCUCCCAGAAGACUGGAUGCACGGCUGGGUACUGUUGAGGCACGUCAUUGGCAUCAGUCUCAUCGCCCUCCAGAUCUGGACAUUCGUGAGUGUCUAUGACACGCUUGGCGAGUUUGGCUGGUUCUAUGGCGACUUCUUCUUUGACCACAAGGCGAAGCUGACCUACAACUCCAUCUACCGGUUCCUGAACAACCCAGAGCGCAUAAUAGGACUGGCGGGUCUCUGGGGCGCGGCAGUGAUCACAUGGAGCAGGUCAGUCGCGUUGUUCGCGCUCCUAAGUCAGAUCCUCACCAUGGGGCACAUUGAAUUUGUCGAGAGACCGCACAUGCACAAGGUGUAUGGGUCUGGGAAUCUGCGGGAGGAGGCCGGGCUUACCAAGUUCAUCAAGAACUCGCUUCCUCCCCCAGUCAAGGGCUGGUCGUCCAGCGUGGACAAGGUCCUGGAUGAGACGAGGAACUUUGUCGACGAUGUCAUCACCACUGCCGGCCCGAUGCUUGCCAGUGGGGUAUCCAGCAUCGCUCGCGACACGACUGCGCUGUUCAACAAGUACCCGGCCCGGCUGACCAUCACGCGAAUCCCGCCCGACCUGGCUGGCCGCAACCCCGAGGACUACUCGGUGAGCUUUGCUGGCACCCCUGCCGUGUCUCCUGUUGGUGAGAGGGCAACUGGCAAGGAGAGUCUCACGGCGCGGGUGAACAAGGACUUCAAGACACAGGUAUUCGAGUACGGCGCCCCCAUCCGCGUCAAGUGGAGGGCACCCGCGAACCACAGCAAGAAGGACUGGGUCGGGCUUUACAUGGUCACGGAUAACCGGUCCCGGGAAGUGACAGAGGUGCCGUCCCUAGGUCGCUGGAUCCCAACCACACCGGAGUUCUACGGCGAGUCCUACAGCAGCGGCGUGGUCAAGUCAGACGAGCCUGUGCCGGAUUCAAACCUGGUCUCGGGCGAGAUGGUGUUCGAAGGCGACAAGCUCUGGUGGACGCAGGGGGUGUUCGAGUUCCGCUACCACCACGAUGGCACGCACCAGGUUAUGUCGGUCAGCGAGCCGUUCGAGGUCUGCAUCAGCCGGUUUGAGGAAGAGGAUGAGGAGGCGAUCGAAAAGGCGCUCCUCCCGGUGGUGCGCAACUGCCUGGACCGCGAUAACGACAUUGCACCCAGCACCGUGGACGAGCGGUUCGGCAGCCACGUGGAAAGGGACAGCAAGUACGCCAAGCGGGUUGUGUACGCGAUCCGCAACAUGUUUGGUAUUGAGUUCGCACCGGCGGUGGUGCCUGCGGAUGGGAACGUGAGGAGGUUGGCCUGGAGGGUCUGUAAUGCAAGACAGGUUCUGGCGCCUUACUCCAUGUCUUCUCACUCCAACGGGCCGUCUACGCCCACGACGGACAAGUUCCCGGAGGAGUAG